AUGUCUUACGCUUCUGUAGCUUCUCAUAACAUCCCACAGGGGUCUAUGCCACAACCUGAUCAGAAUCUUGCAGACGGACAUUUCGCAGGAGAAACUACUGCCAGCUUUACAGCAGACGACAAGAAGAAAAGCGUAAGGGAUGGAAUCAACAAAGCCGAGAAGGAAUUUGAUGAAGUGGAAAACAAGCUUGCCCCCUAUUGGGAAAAGACGAAAGAUGUCGUUCUUCGUCCUGGCACGCUUGGUGGGCUGAUGGGUGUGGUGAACGUUGGUCUUUUGGGAACAUUGGGGUACUUUGCGUAUACUCGUAAAGACCAACCUUGGGACCGACGCAUCAUUGGAGGAGCUGUCGCCGGGACCCUUGCUCUCUUCGGGGCUGAGGGAUACGUAGCAGAAUCCUAUCUUCAAACUGCAGAAGGCAGACAGGAAGCCGAACGAGCCAAGUCGGAGGGAUCUAAAUUUUACUUGCAAGCAAAAGAAGUUAUCCUUCGUCCUGGUGUUGCCGGUGGACUCGCCGGUGUUUUGAACGUGGCCAUCAUCGGUACCAUUAGUUACUUUAGCUACAAACACUGGAAUCAACCUUGGGAUCGUCGCGUCGUAUCUACCAUCUCUGUCGGGUUGUUGGGUUUGAGUGGUUUGGAAGGGUACGUCUACCUCCUUCCACUUGUUGCCGAGUGGGCACUGAUGCAUCAGCUGGGCGGGAAAAGUGUACGCGGACAAGGAGCUCCCGAAGCGUAA